AUGGAGUUUGGAGGAUCUCUUGCUGUUCCAAACGUUCAACAACUCGCUUCCAGCUCCAACGAUGUUGUACCCAUAAGGUACAUCCGUCCCGAACUCGAGUUUGAACGAGUUUUUGAUGACGAGUACUCUGGUCGAAUUCCAGUAAUUGAUAUAGGAAAACUCGUCAGUGCGCAUGAAAAUGAUGAGGAAUCGACUAAGCUCCAUUCGGCGUGCAAAGAUUGGGGAUUCUUCCAGGUGAUCAACCACGGAGUAGCAGAGGAAGUGGUUCUUAACAUGAAGGCUGAUGUUCAAGAGUUUUUUCGUCAGCCGUUGCAAGAGAAAAUGGAAUGUGCACAGCAACCAAACGACCUCGAAGGAUAUGGCCAAGCAUUUGUUGUAUCGGAAGAUCAAAAACUUGAUUGGGGUGACAUGCUUUACAUUUUAACACGUCCUCUUGAUGGAAGAAAUAUGAGAUUUUGGCCAAGAGUUCCCUCAUCUUUCAGGGCAACUUUGGGUGAGUAUUCAUCAGCGCUUGAAAAGUUGUCGGUCAUCCUACUAAGUUCCAUGGCAAAAAACCUCGGAAUCGACCCAGAAAAGCUCCUCUCGUUGUUCAAAGAAGGUGCUCAAGGUAUAAGAAUGAACUAUUAUCCACCGUGCAAGGAAGCAGGCAGGGUUGUUGGUCUCACCCAACAUUCCGACGCCGGUGGAUUGACAUUGUUGACCCAAGUGAACCAAGUUCAAGGAUUGCAGAUCAAGAGAGAUGGGAAAUGGGUGCCGAUUGCUCCCAUUUCAGGUGCCUUCAUCGUCAACGUCGGCGACACCAUUGAGAUAAUGAGCAACGGAGAAUACAAGAGCAUAGAGCACAGAGCGGUGGUGAACCUCGAAAAGGAGAGGUUGUCGGUUGCAGCAUUCCACGGCACAAACUUGAAUGCCAUGAUUGGACCAUUGCCAGCCCUAGUCGAUGGGGAUCAGAAGCCAGCACCGAAUUACAAGACCAUGUCUACCAUAGAUUACUUCAAGCUCGUUAUAAGUUGUAAACUCGACGGCAAAGGCCUCCUCGCUUCCACCUCCAAGGACGUCCCGAGCAGGUACAUUCGCCCUGAAUUCGAGCUCGAUCGAGUUUCCAGUGACGAGUCUGUCCAGGUUCCGGUGAUUGAUAUGAGCAAGCUAGUGGACGAUGGCGAAUUGAUGAGGCUUCACUUGGCUUGUAAAGAUUGGGGAUUCUUUCAGGUGAUCAAUCAUGAAGUUGCAGAGGAAGUAAUUUCAAAAAUGAAGGAUGAUGUUCAAGAAUUCUUCAACCAGCCGUUGCAGGAGAAAAUGGAACAUGCACAGCUACCAAACAGCAUCGAAGGAUAUGGACAAGCGUUUGUUGUAUCAGAAGAACAAAAGCUUGAUUGGGGCGAUAUGCUCUACAUUCUUGCGCAACCUGUCAACGGAAGAAACAUGAGGACAACUCUGGACAAGUACUCAUCGGUGCUGGAAAAACUAUCUGUCAGCCUGCUGAGUGCCAUGGCUAUGAACCUAGAACUCGACCCAGAAAAGUUACUCUCGUUGUUCAAAGAAGGUUCGCAAGGUAUAAGAAUGAACUACUAUCCACCAUGCAAGAAAGCAAGCAAGGUCAUCGGUCUCGGCCCACAUUCCGACGCAGUUGGAUUGACAUUGCUGACUCAGGUGAAUGAAGUUCAAGGACUGCAAAUCAGGAGAGAUGGCGAAUGGGUUCCCAUUAUUCCCAUUCCGGGUGCUUUCAUCGUGAAUGUUGGAGAUGUCAUUGAGAUAUUGAGCAAUGGAGAAUACAGGAGCAUAGAGCACAGAGCAGUGGUGAAUCCAGAAAAGGAGAGACUCUCAAUUGCAGCAUUCCAUACCACCAACAUAAAUGCCAUGAUCGGGCCAUUGCCAGACCUCAUCAACAAAGAUCAGAAGAAGCAACAACCGAAAUACAAGACCAUAUCUGCCCCGGAAUACAUCAAGCUUAUCAUAAGCUCUAAACUGAAUGGCAAAGGAAACAUCCACUCCAUGAAACUAGAAGCAGAAGCAUGAGCUAAUACAGGCUUUUGGAAUUAUCAAAGUGGAAAAAGAUCAAGAUACAAAAUGGUUUAGCAUACUCAUACA